CCUCGGCAUCUAUCAUGGCAAUUGUGGAAGCGACAAUGGCCAGGCCAUUGAAAUGCCGCCCCCAUAAGAGUCUGAUAAGUUUAACCUUUCCCUCCUGUCCCUUUGCUUCUGCUACAUACUUCGAUUUAGCACUGCCGAAAUGUCCGAAAGCGAAACCCCCCUCACCGGCAUCCCCAAGGUCAACCCUCUGGCGGUGAUCAAGCUACUCCUCCCGCACCUCCCCAACCUGGUCCUAAAGACGGGCUCGCACCUCCUCUCGUUCUCGCCGCAAGCCCAGUACUGGGACCUCAAGACCACCCUCACCGUUGCAUUCAUCAAGUCCGCCAUCGCACAGCCGUUCGCACCUGGACGCGCUCCGCCCACCGUCGAAAAAGCGCAGGCGGAUACCCUCAAGCCGACCAAGGUCGAGGAUGACACAUGGUGUGCCGAGGUGUCCUACUCGCCCGGCGAGGGCUUCAACGGGGAGGACGUGAUACGUGCUGCCAUUAUCGCGCUUGGGGCAGCGGGGGAUGAAGAGGCGAUCCUGAAAGUCAGUGCGGAGGGGUUGUCUGGGGAGUGGAUAUCGUCUCGGUCUACUCCUCGACCUGCCGACGAAGCUGCCAGAUCUCCAGAGGAAACGUAUGCUGCGUUGGCAGCGGACACGCAAGAGAAGGACAGUGCUAUACUCUACCUCCACGGCGGUGCAUACUACCUAUGCGAUCCGCAUACGCACCGGCCGUCGGCGGUGAAGCUGAGUCGCCAAGCGAAGACACGAGCGUUCGUGGUGAGGUACAGGCUCUCGCCACAGAGUCCGUUCCCUGGACCUCUUCUCGAUGCCCUGAUUUCGUAUCUGUAUCUGCUAUAUCCCCCGCCCGGAGCGAUGCAUGCACCGAUUGCGGCGGAGAAGAUUGUGUUUUCGGGCGAUUCGGCGGGCGGUGGGUUAUCCCUGGCACUACUGCAGCUAUUGAUCCACUUUUCACGCACGGGCACGGGGAAGGUCCACUGGUACGGCCAGGACGUUGCGGUCCCGCUCCCCGGCGGCGUAGCACUGAUAUCGGCAUGGUGCGACGUCCCACGCAGCUUCGGCGAGAUGUCGGGGUACACUGCAGGUAGCGAGAACUCCUGUGAGGUGUACGACUACCUCCCGCUACCGCAGCAGACCGCGACCAUAGUUUACGCCGACAGUCCCGCGUGGAAUGCCGAGAUCCGGAAGCAGCGCGGAGGAACCCAGUUCUAUGCGCCGGAUAGGCUCAUGACCCACCCGCUUGUGUCGCCGCUGCUGGCGGAGAGCUGGGUUGGUGGAAGGGGGGAAAUGGUGCCCGUGUGGAUGAGCGUUGGCGAUGAGUGUCUGAGGGAUCAGAAUCUGUAUUUGGCGCAUCGACUGCACACCGCCGGGAUCAAGCUGAGGCUCGAGAUCUAUACGGCUAUGCCGCAUGUUUUCCAGGCAAUGCUAGGUCAUUUGAAGGUUGCCGAUAUGUCAUGGGCGAGCAUGGGGAAGUUUGUUAGACAUGCUACUGGGGCUCAAGACGCAGGCGACGGGUACUGGAAGAGGGAGAGGAUACAUCCGAAGACGUUGGAUGUCACAGAGGUUCCGGAGAGUGAGCUGAAGGUUGGGGGGUUCGAGUUUGAGCAGGUUAAGGAGAUGCUGGCAGCCGCUACGCGGAGAUGCAAUGAGUUGGCGGAUGGAGGAGGCGGCAAGGUAAAGGAUGUGCCUGGAGGGGCCAAGGCGGCGGUCACUAUGGCGAAGAUUUGAUGUUGCGAACCUGCAGACUGCGAUGCUUUGUACUAUUUAUUUAUGUAGCGUAUGUACAUGAUGAUUC